AUGAGAGCACCACGGAUCCAGCAGUUUCUGAGCCCCUUCCUUCGCAAGGCUCCCGCCGCGCCAAGUUGCCAGGCCAGAUGGCUUCAUAAGACACGAGAGACUCCCGCGGUCCCGUCGCCGAUACCAUUAGUUCCAGAUGUUCCAACUCUGCUCAAGGUCCUCGGCCGCGGCCUGAGCCAGCAUGUCGACAAGUUCCCCUCGUGGGAGGCUCUCUUCACCCUCUCGUCGACACAACUUAGAGAACUCGGCCUCGAACCACCACGGACCCGACGCUACCUUCUCACUUGGCUCGACAGAUACAGGAAGGGCGCAUUUGGCGUCGGUGGUGACUUCAAGCACGUCGAGAACGGGGAGGCCUACCUCAAGGUCGUCCGCGACCCCGUGACGGAUAAGAAGCUGGUCGUCAACGUCCCGGCCGGUACGGACGUCAAGGACGCCCCAGCUGACAAGCUGACGAGGCCGGCGGGGUACACGGUACGCGGCACUCACACGAUCACCGGCCCCCACGCCUUGCCCCUGAAGGCUGGCGAGGGCGCGCGUGUAGUCGUGGUUGAGGGCAUGUGGGAGCACAAGCAGGGUCACAAGGUGGAUGGAGGUGAGCGCAGAAGAGGAGAGGUUCGCUUCAAGAAGCGCAUUGCCGCGCGCAGGGCCGAGAGGGAAGCUCAGGGUCUACGAUAA